AUGGGUGACGAGCACUUGGCCAUUCUCCCUUGUGAUAGAGCUGUUGAACAGGCAAUAACUGCACUGAAGAAGGGCGCACAUCUAUUGAUGUAUGGUAGAAGAGGGAAGCCCAAAUUUUGCCCUAUGAAGUUAUCCACGGACGAAAAGUUUUUGAUUUGGUACUCAGGUGAGAAGGAAAACCAACUGAGGUUAAGUGCAGUCACAGAUAUCAUCCGUGGCCAAAACACUGUAAUUCAACAUAAACAACUUCAGACUGAUAUGGAAAGUCAGUGCAUUUCUUUAAUAUAUGGAAAUGACGAUCACACUCUUGAUCUGAUCUGCAAGGAUGAAAUGCAGGCCGAGACGUGGCUUCUAGGAUUGAAAGCUGUAAUAUCUAGAAGUCAGCAUGGAUUGGUGGACGAUAUGAAAAGCGAAAGAAAAACUCAAAGUUGCAUCCGUAGUCCAGUAGGUUAUAUGCGGAGGAAACAUAAUCUUGGACUUUCUGUGAAGAAAACCAGAUCUUCUCAGGUUAGCAGCUUAUCAGGGAGUCCCACUCAAUCAUUUUCAGAGAACUAUUCGUCUGAUGGGUUAUCAUGGUCCUCCCACAUCUUUUUGCCAUCAAGUCUAUCAAGUGUGCACAAUGAAAUGGAUAAUGUUAUCACAAAUUCAUUGUCUUUGGAAUCAGACUAUCUAAGCCAGAAAAGAGCAUCUUGUAAUGGCACUGAUAUCCACAAUGAUAUGCUUACUCCAUCGGUUCCAUCCACUCAUGAGUCAAGACUACUAGGAAAACAUGUUUUAAGGGAUGUUUUUAUUUGGGGAGAAGAAGCCGAAGGAGGAUGCUUGGGGGAUGGUGAGGUAAAGUCGGAUGCUUUAUUACCCAAACUUCUUGAGUCCACUUUGAUGCUUGAUGUACAAACAAUAUCAAUAGGGAGGAGUCAUGCUGCCGUAGUCACCAAACAAGGUGAAGUGUUUUGCUGGGGUGAAGGAAAGAAUGGAAGACUUGGACAUAAACUUGAUAUGGACACUGCAUGCCCAAAAAUCGUCGACUCCCUUAACGGAGUUCACGUAAAAUCUGUCAGUUGCGGUGAAUACCAUACAUGUGCCUUGACAACAUCUGGUCAACUCUAUACAUGGGGUGACAAUUUUAUUGCUGAUUUAGUUGUUGGUGCAGAAAAGAUGAAGAGGAGCUAUUGGCUUCCAAACAGAGUUUGUGGUUCUUUGGAUGGUGUGAAAAUAUCUUACAUUGCUUGUGGGGAAUGGCACACAGGAAUCGUGUCAACAUCUGGACAAUUGUUUACUUAUGGAGAUGGAACUUUUGGUGUUCUUGGUCAUGGGAAUCUCCAAAGCGUGGCUCGCCCAAAAGAAGUUGAGUCCCUUAGAGGUCUGUGGGUGAAAUCAGUUGCAUGUGGACCAUGGCAUACAUCUGCAGUAGUGGAAAUCUCUGUUCAUUACCUUAAAUUCAAUAAUUCAGGCGGGAAGCUUUUUACAUGGGGUGAUGGGGAUAAAGGAAGACUUGGUCACUCUGAAGAUAAGAGAAAGCUUUUACCAACAUGUGUAGCUAAACUUGUGGAUCAUGAUUUCAUUCAAGUUGCCUGUGCAAACACCUUAACCAUUGGGUUGUCUACCGAAGGAAAGGUUUACACAAUGGGAAGUUCGGUGCACGGGCAGCUGGGUAAUCCAAAAGCCAAAGAUAAAUCAGUAGUGAUGGUGCAAGGGAAACUUAAAGACGAGAUUGUUAUAGAGAUCUCCUCGGGAUCAUAUCAUGUUGCUGUGCUUGCAUCUAAGGGAAAUGUCUACACAUGGGGUAAAGGUUCAAACGGACAGUUGGGAUUAGGUGAUACGGAAGAUAGAAACUGCCCGACUUUAGUUGAGGCUCUAAGAGACAGGCAAGUGGAACAUAUUGCUUGUGGAUCAAAUUCUACAGCAGCGAUAUGUUUGCAUAAAUCUAUAUCAAGUAGUGAUCAAUCAGUUUGCAGAGGAUGUGGCACCACUUUUGGGAUUACAAGGAAGAAGCAAAAUUGUUAUAAUUGUGGUCUUUUAUUUUGUCGUGCAUGCUGCAGCAAGAAAACCACAAAUGCAUCUUUGGCACCAGACAAAAUUAAAGCUUCUCGUGUAUGUGGUCCAUGUUUCUGCCAACUGCAAAGGGUAAACAGACCACCCAAUACGCCAAAGCAUAGCCCGAGAUCGCUAUUGAUAAAUCAGAAGGCAUCCAUUAAUGUCAAGGAAGAGGUGGAAGAGUCAAAUAGUAUAUCCAGACGAAUGAUGUCAACCAGAAAAUAUUUUAGCGAGAACAGUCAAUGCUGUGACCGGAGGGCUGUAAACAAUCUAGGGGAAAGUACACAGUGCCUAGAUCCCAUUGAAUCUUUGUUGGAUUGUUUUCCAAGAUGGGGACCAAUUCCUUGUUCUGAAAUCUUUAGAAGAGGAAGUGGACACACGAGAACUCAAAAUCUUCGUGUGAGAAAUUCACGGGUUUCAGCUUCCCCAAGUCAUUCGAAGGUUCCUCCAGAACCAAAAGUUGUGUGUUCAACUGCGCUAACUAUGGAGGAAAAAAUGUCAGAAUCAGAUAAUUUGCUUCUUGAAGAACUUUCCAAGAUAAGAACUCAUGUUGUUGUCGAUGUGGACAAUAGCAAAGUUGAUAGCCUAUUGAAUUCUCCGCUUGUAUUUUCGAACAAGUUAAGAUCUUUAUAUAACAAAAAACACUAUGCUGAUGAAUGGGUGGAACAGUACCAGCCUGGGGUCGACGUCACAUUGACAAUAUUGCCAAGUGGGAAAAAGGGACUCAAGCGAGUCAGGUUCAGUAGGGAAAAGUUUACGACGAAGGAAGCAAAGAAGUGGUGGGAAGAGAACCAGCUAUACGUCUACCAAAAAUAUGAUGUUGAGGGAUACAGGAAUGACAAAGAAUUAGAAGUUUCCUUUUUCUUCUAA